ACUGGGAAGUUACUUCUUUUCUGACAGAUUGUGCAAUGAUAAACCCACUCUAUGUCCUAAGUUCAUGUAUUACGCUUGACAGUUAUUUCUUGUUUAUAACGUCAAUUCAGCGAUGUAAAGUCAUUUAUGUACAAGUAAAAACAGUUUUUACAUAAAGGGGCAAUGAUUAAAGGGUGCUUUUUUUAUUGAAAAAUUCACGUUUAGAAGCGAUCAGGAUUUAAUGAAUUAGGUAGUAUUAAAAUUUCGAAAUAUAUUAAGAAAAGAUAUUAAGGCAAGAUGGAAGAAAUCGAACAAACUGACAAGAUAAUACAUAAUAUAGUAAAAGAACUGCAGCUAUUAGAAACUAUGCCGCAUUUCGAUGAAAAGUUUUGCCAGUUUUAUAUACAAUUGUUAUUAUACGAUCCAACAUGGAAUGUAAGUAUCGAAAAUUUAGUAAGGACUGAUGUGGAAAAUCUUAUUAACUUUAUAAUGGUAAAGUUUAAUAAUAAGGAUGAUCCAUCUAUGACCACUCUGAAGAUACAAUAUAAUUUACAAGAUAGAUUAAAUUAUUUGGAAAAAUUCGACAUCCAGGGAAAUAGAUUAAUAAAAUUGAAGAUCAAAUUGAGGCCCUUAGAACUGUCGAUUUUAGAACCAGAUGAUAAAAGUGAUUUAAAAAUAUUGUUUAAAAGAAUUACAGCAUACUUUAUAUUAAUGUCUGGUAUGGGAGAUCCUCGUAAUGAACAGGUAUUCCAAGCAAGUACCCAAGUUCUAAAAACCGUAUUAAAUAACGAUGAAUUAAAUAAUUUUUAUCUGAUGCCUUAUGCGGUACGUUUAAAAGAUUUUAAUGAAAUAGUGAAAGUUUGUACAGGAAUUAGACUAUACAAUAUGGACUGCAACAUGGGCUCUGUCGGAGUAUCUGACGAACCAGAAAUAUUAGUUUCAGCAUCUCACAUGUUACUAAAAGAAUUUGAUAAAAUGAAACAUUCUUUAAACAGUAGGAUACUAAUUUUAACGCAAGCCAUAAGCCACUGUUACAAACUGAAACAAAAAGAUGGUGAAGUACACGUUGAAACAAGAAUUCCUCAGAUGUCAUCAAAUGAACAGUUGCAGUAUGCUAUAAGAAUAUUAGUGACAUAUAAGCAAUAUUAUGAAUCAUUAGAGAUCAUUGGUGAAGAAAUCCACAAACUCGUAAAAGCUUCGCUUGAAUUAUAUGGAAGAUACAAAACACAAUUAACGAAAAUUCGAAAGAUUGUACAUCCGGAGAUUGUUAUUUCUGCUAAUAGGAUUUUCCCCUACUUCGAGGAGUUAUGUAAUUAUUAUGAUCAAGUAAAAGAUAAAGUAGUCUUACUGGACUAUUUGGCGAAUUUGUCGAAUACUAUAGGAGGAAUUUUCGGAACCGUUUACUUUCCCGAUGAGUUUAUUAACCAAUGCAAUGAUAAAGCUUUUAUUGAUGUAACGACAGAUUACUCUGAACCAUUGGAAGUAAGCAAUUCGGAAUGCUCGUUAAUAACGAAGGAAGAUGAUCAUGGACCAUUUCAAUACAAAGGCCAUUGCUGCAUCUUGUUGGUACUUGCAGACGGAUUCUUAAUUGAGGGAAAUCCUGAUUAUGGUAUUGUUAGAUACAAAAACAAUGAAUACAUCUUUUCGUCUGACCUUGCCUUAAACGCUUUCCUUAAGGAACCAAACUAUUUCACGAAAAGUGUCAUACACACUAUACGUAAACAUCCUGAAUUAAUACUUUAUCUUAAUAUGAGGAACAAUUUGAUAGAAGUGAAGAAUAUAAAGAGACUUGUUGAAGAAAAAAUAGUAGACUUAACUCGUGCAGAUGCUGAUUGUCAAGUUGAUGUGCAUUUUCAGGAAUCGUAUAUUGAUCCAGAAUAUUCACACAGCACUUGGUGGUACAAACAGAGAGCUAUUCAAAUGGCAACCCUUAUGGGCUACAGAACAAAAUCUAUAAAUACCGAAAAGAAAGCCUAUAUUACAAAAAAUUCGACGCAGACAUGGAAACUAAAACAUCAGAGUACUCAGACAAAAGUAGACAGCUACGUAAGCACAGAAAAAUCAGUCAGCUUUUUGUACGGUCUACGAGGUAGAAACGACGACAAGCAAUUACAGUUAAUACAAAAAAUUUAA